GAGGUUUCUGUUUUCCAUUACGGUCACUUCUAACACCUCCCGGAAAGAAAUUGUAAGGAGAUGUCAACGGCUCAUGAUAGGGAAGAAUAUAAAUCUCAGCAGCCUAGAGGCAGAAAUGGAGUGGGAAGUUCUCGCAAGAAAAACCUGGAAAUUUCCGAGGGAGAUGUGCCUAAACAAAAGGAACCGAAACGAGGGCGGCCUUGCUCAGAAUUAUCAGAACAGCAGAAAAAAGAAAAGCACAAUACUGGGUGUCGAGCAUAUAGGAAGAAAAAAAAGGCUGAGCUUUAUGAGCUCCAAGACUUUAAAAAUGAGUUCCAAGAAGAAUUCGGAAGUUUGCGUCCUAAAAUUUUAAAGGUGUGAUUGCUUACUCCCUCCAUUUAUUAGCUUUUUUUGUUGGCAGAACAUAGAUAUUAUAUUA